AUGGAAAGAAAGCACCUGAAGAAAGAGAUUGAAAAACUCCUGGGAGAUUAUGUUGGCAUCAGACAACGAGAAGAUGAAUUUGAUCCAAGAGGACAAAGGCAGCUCACCUUUCUAGAGGACAUGGCCCAUUACAACUUAGCCUUCAGUGUUGCUUUGCUGUGGCUAGGUGACUUGGAUGCUGAGACUGCACUGACAAGAGAGAAAAUGAAUUUUGCAGCUCGCAACCGAUACAUGUAUCCCAACCGAACUGAGAGAGAAGCUAUGAUAUUAUCUACAUAUGCUGGAAUAUUAAUGAACACCAUUCCUAUUGAGGAGAUCUUUAAGAUUUACAGCAUGAGGCCCUCAGUAACACACUGGAAAAGCUCUGCAAAUGACCACUGGAUUCAACCUGCCAAGCUCUCCCUGCAUCCAUUUGCCAUGCUGACUGCCCCUGAAGCUGCAGAGUAUGCCUGGAAGCAAAGCGUCAAGUACCGGAGAGCAGCAGCAGUCUAUCAGAAGACCAACCCUUGCUCAUCAAGUAGAGCUAAGAAGGACAGCAAGCAAUGGGACUCACUCAGCAGAAAGCAACAGAUUGACAAAGUAGGUCUGAAGAAUUGA